AUGAGCAGGACCAGGCAUCUAAACGGCACUUGUGACAGCUCAGUGCACAUGGAGCUCUUCCUCCAUUACUCCCUCAUCCCAUCAUUUUUCAUCAUUUUGGUCUUGUCCUUUCUCCAAAGAAGAGAGCAACACAGAGAGAGAGAUGACACUUACCUUCUGCGGAACCGCUUCGGAAUGAUCAUACCUCUGGACUUCGUGGGCACUUUCAGUAAUCGAUGGUCCUAUGGAGUCGCCUUUGGGGCCACAGCCAAUAAGGUCAUGUUCUUGUUCUCAGAAGGUUACCAGCCCCUGCUGGUCCCGCAGUGGGCCCAAGCCUUUGUGCUUCUGAUCGGCGGCAUCGAAGUUGGCCUGUCCCACUUCCCCUUUUUCGCCUGCCUCUCAUCGGAGUUCGGGCUGGUCAGCUCCGUCCUGGGCUUCAGCUACUCUCUUGUCUGGUUUGUGGUCACCACCCUUUACAUCAUACAGUGUCCCCAUGGGCAGUUCGUGGGGAAUUACGAGACUGUCAUGUUCUACUGGCCCUCGUUGCUCUGCCUAGCCUUCCUGCUGGGCCGCUUCCUGCACAUAUUUGUCAAAUCUCUGAGGGUCCACCUGGGCUGGGAGCUCCAGAUGGAAGAAAAACCUUUCCUGGAAGUUCACCAGGCAGAGCACGUCAAGCAGCUCCUGAGGAAGUGCCCCCUUCAAGAAAGAAAUAAGUCUUGGUUCCAAACCAGGAUAUAUGAGUGGGACCCCUACUUUCAGUUCCCAAGCAGGAUGAUUGGAACCAUUGUGUUGGCUUUCAUCUGCCUGUACCUUUUCAUUGUUAUUGAGUUCUGCGUGUUCGUGUAUGUGAGAGAUGAGCUGGAUGUGUUUGAAGGGGAAUUGGAGAGCUACAUCACCUCCAUGAACCAGACAGGGACCCAAGUCCUCCUGCAGGUGAAAGAGCUGAUUAACAUCACCAAAGAAGUCUGGGUGGUGACCAUUUUGCCUGCCUCCCUUACAUGUGUGAGCUACCUGUUCCACAUCUUGGCUUGUUACAGAAAGCACAUCAAGAGGUUGUGGGCAGGGGAUAAACACUUUCUUCCUCUGAAGUUUCAUAAUCCUUCCUCAUCUGAGAGUGUGGUGGCCAUUGCAAGGUACUCUGGCUGGCAGAUAGCCUAUAUUCUGUGGGGAUACCUCAUCAUUCAUGUGAUGCAGAGCCUGUGUGGCCUGGCAAUCAUGUACAGCCUGGUGCUUCCCAUCAUCCACCAUCAGGCGCUGGAGAUGCUCCGAGGACUAGGCAUCGGGAUCCUCACCGUAUCCAUCGUCCUGGGUCUCAUGGUCCUGCAGGUAUGGAUCGCCACCAGCUUCUUCCUGCAACCAAAGAUGGGGACAGAUGACAAGCAGAAGCCCUUGGCUCUCAACAACAGGAGAGCGUUCCACAACUUCAACUACUUUCUGUUCUUCUACAAUGUGCUGCUGGGCCUGGGCGCCUGCCUCUCCAGGCUUUUCAUCAGCUGUGUCCUGGGCACGUGGCUGAUCGCCCGCAUCGACAGGACCAUCCUACAGAGUGGCUAUGAGAGAGCAGACAUGGGGUUCAGUGCAUGGAUUGGCAUGCUCUACACAGAUCAUUAUCACACCAACCCUGUGCUCGUCAGCUUUUGUCAUAUCCUGAUCACCGGCCACAGGGAGAGGAGGCUACAGCAGACCAUCAAAUAUUGGUACCUAAAUCAGUCAGCAGGUCCCCGCCUCUCAGCAAGGUCCAGAACAAGGUGGCUCCUGCUGCAGACCCUGAUCAACAACCCCGAACUGGUCAGACUCAGAAAAUCCAGGCCAGGUCUUGGCUCCCAGGAGUUUACCCAGAUUCUGUUGACGUGCUCAGAGAGCUGA